AUUCAUAACCAUUCAUCCAUCACCCACACGUGCCACCUUUUUAGCCCACACGAGUUCCACCUUAUAGAUAAACCAUCUCCCCCAUGCAAUAACAAGAUUAACAACCCCUUAAAACCCCCCAAAAAAAAGAAAAAAAAAAGGAAAUUCUCUAAUUAGAGAAAUUAUGGGGUGUGGCGCGUCCAAGAAAGUUGAUGCUACGACGCCGUAUAUCUACCGUCCACCGCCGUCUAGUUUCGCCGUAUUCGACAUCAACGCCAUAGAAGAGCCGUGGCUUAAGCUAGACAAUGCUGCUCAACUAGAGAAUCAGCAAAAUAAGCCUUCACACGUGCCAACUCACUUGCUUGAAAAACUCGACACGUUAGAGAAAGAAGCUUCUGAUGGUCCUGGCACGUGGGAGGAAGUUAGCAAGGCGUUGCAAGACCUUAAGAAGCCAGGACCGGUUGUCAAUAAGCCCGGCCCGGACCCGAUCCCAGAAUCAGGCCCGCCCAUGAAGAAGAACUUCUCCUUCCACACGCUUGAGGAUUUGGAAGCGAAGAAGGACGAAGAUGGUGAGAAGAAGAAGCCGCAGCUUCGUAAAACUGAGUCGAACAAGGAUUUCUCAGCAUUGGAGAGUAGUAAUGAAGCUAAAAACCAGCUGAGUCGGCUGAGGAAGACUGAGUCGACUAGGAACGAGUCGCUUGUUCCGGUUUUGAAUUCGGGCGGGGUGAGCGGGUCACUGAAGGCGAACCCGUUUAUAAUGAAGGACCGGUUGGAGAAAGAGAAGGAAGGAAAGGAGGCCGUGUUUGAUAAGAUAAUGAAGAGUAAACGGGACCCACUUAGCGAUUUUCCCGAGGUAUGUCCUCCUAAUGGGGCCCACUUAGUGGUUCUAUAUACGACUACGUUAGGAGGAGUAAGGAGGACUUUUGAAGAUUGUAACCGGGUCCGGGCUAUCCUAGAGAACCAUCGGGUCGUGUUCGACGAACGGAACGUGUCGUUACACGGCCCGUUCCUAGGCGAGUUGAAGGAGUUGGUGAGCGUUGAUAACGGGACGGGAGUCCCGGUGCCGAGGUUGUUUGUGAAAGGGAGGUAUUUAGGAGGGGCGGAGGAGGUGGUGGAGCUAAACGAGUCGGGUAGACUCGGGCGGAUACUAAGUUCGGCCCAAGUUGAAAGAGGGCUUGGUUGGCAUGGAUGUGAAGGGUGUGGUGGGGCCCGGUUUGUGCCAUGUAUGGAAUGUGGAGGGAGUUGUAAGUUGAUAGUUGGAAAUGAUAAGGAAAGAUGUCCCAAGUGCAAUGAAAAUGGUUUAAUUCAUUGUCCUCUAUGCCACUAGUGAUGUCAAAAGAGUGAGGUUUGUGAGAACAAGCCAAUAGGGCAAUACAAAUUAUAAAAGAGGAGGAAUUCAGACUUGUAAUUUAUUGUACACAGGUUAAAAACUCUCAUCUUAACCACUAGAUUAAUUAAAAUCUUAUUGGUUUUGUGGGAAUACAAUAUGAAUGCAUAUGUUAAUGAUCCAUACUUCAUAGUAGUAGAUUUAGAUUUUUCAACUUUCUAUACUAAUGUAUUAUUGUCAAAAUGCUUUGAGAUUUUGUAAAGCUUUGUUUAAAUUGAGUGAUUCUUAUCCUCAUUUUUUGUCAAUUUUAA